UUCCAACAAGGGGGAGGGAGGGGGGGGGGGUUGUCUUUAGACUUGUGCGCCGUGGCGGAGAGGAGAGCAUGCCGAAGAAGUAGCAGUCGCCGCCGCGGAUACUUUUUACCCCCCCCUCCCUACUUGGCUCGUCCGUCCCGUGUAACAUGCGGACUCCAACAAAGUUGUCAGGCUAGGGAGGAAAACACCGAGGCGCUUCGCUUCGCUUGUUAGCACGCAGCUAGCUUACCCUGCUAGCUUCCCCCGUUCACAAUGUCGGACACUCGGCGGCGGGUGAAAGUUUAUACGCUCAACGAAGACCGCCAGUGGGACGACCGGGGCACCGGGCACGUUUCGUCGACGUUUGUGGAAAGACUCAAGGGAAUAUCUUUACUUGUUCGGGCUGAAUCUGACGGCUCAGUGUUAUUGGAAUCGAAAAUUAGCCCCAACACUGCUUAUCAGAAACAACAGGACACACUGAUCGUAUGGUCGGAGGCGGAUAAUUAUGACCUGGCCUUGAGUUUUCAGGAGAAAGCAGGUUGCGAUGAGAUCUGGGAGAAAAUCUGCCAGGUGCAAGGGAAGGACCCCGCCCUGGACAUCACCCAGGACCCCAUCGACGAGUCCGAGGAGGAGCGUUUCGAGGAGAUCCCGGAGACGAGCCACCUGGUGGAGCUCCCGCACUGCGAGCUCAGCUGCCUGGAGGAGAUAGCUGACCUGGUGACGUCGGUGCUCUCGUCGCCCAUCCGGCGGGAAAAACUGGCCUUGGCCCUCAUGAGCGAGGACUACCUCAAGAAACUGCUAGGCCUCUUCCGGGUGUGCGAGGACCUGGACAACCGGGAGGGCCUGCACCACCUGUACGAGAUCGUUCGCGGUGUCCUCUUCCUCAACAAGGCGGCCCUCUUCGAGGUGAUGUUCUCCGACGACUGCAUCAUGGAUGUGGUGGGCUGCCUGGAGUACGACCCGGCGCUGGUGCAGCCCAAGCGCCAUCGCGAGUUCUUGACCAAGACGGCCAAGUUCAAGGAGGUGAUCCCCAUCACGGACUCUGAGCUGAGGCAGAAAAUUCACCAGACGUACCGCGUGCAGUACAUCCAGGACAUCAUCCUGCCGACGCCGUCCGUCUUUGAGGAGAACUUCCUUUCCACGCUCAAUUCCUUCAUCUUCUUCAACAAGGUGGAGAUUGUCAGUAUGUUGCAGGAGGACGAGAAGUUCCUCACUGAGGUUUUUGCACAGCUCACAGAUGAAGGCACAGACGACAGUAAAAGGCGAGAGCUUGUGAACUUUGUCAAGGAGUUCUGCGCUUUCUCGCAGACGUUGCAGCCCCAAAACCGGGACGCUUUCUUCAAGACGCUGGCCAAUCUCGGCAUCUUACCUGCGCUGGAAAUAGUCAUGGGCAUGGAUGACCUACAUGUGAGGGCGGCAGCUACGGACAUCUUCUCCUACCUGGUGGAAUUCAGCCCCUCUAUGGUGCGAGAGUUUGUCAUGCAGGAACUACAACAGACUGACGACGACGUGCUGCUCAUCAACGUGGUGAUCAAGCAGAUGAUCUGCGACUCGGACCCCGAGCUGGGCGGCGCCGUCCAGCUGAUGGGGCUGCUUCGGACGCUCAUCGACCCGGAGAACAUGCUGGCCUCCAUCAAUAAAACGGAAAAGACAGAGUUCUUGAGUUUCUUCUACAAGUACUGCAUGCAAGUUUUAACAGCACCUCUGCUGGCCAACACGGCGCAUGACAAGAACUCAAAAGGUAAGCUAGCUGGCUGCAGACGUCCCACACUCAUCGUAACGCCUGUGACAAUUGGAGGUCCUGACUCGCUAUUCUCCUCAAAAGAUUUUCAAGAGGCAGCCACCAAGAUCAACCCUGUGUGUCCAGACAACUUUCAGACGGCCCAACUGCUUGCUCUGAUCCUGGAGCUGCUGACCUUCUGCGUGGAGCACCACACCUACCACAUUAAGACCUUCAUUAUGAACAAAGACCUGCUGCGGAGAGUCCUUGUGCUCAUGAACUCCAAGCACACCUUCCUCGCUCUCUGCGCGUUGCGUUUCAUGCGGCGGAUCAUUGGCCUGAAGGACGAGUACUACAACCGCUACAUCAUCAAAGGGAACCUCUUUGAGCCGGUCAUCAACGCGCUGCUGGACAACGGCACACGAUACAACCUCCUCAACUCGGCCAUCAUCGAGCUCUUCGAGUUCAUCAGAGUGGAGGAUAUCAAGACCCUCAUCGCGCACAUUGUGGAGAACUUCUACGAAGCACUUGAGCCCAUCGAGUACGUGCAGACCUUCAAGGGGCUGAAGGGACGAUACGAGCAGGAGAAAGAUAGGCAGAGCCAUAAACUCACCAGAUACCGACGAGAGGCUCGCUCAAUGGAUGAUGAUGAAGAGUUGUGGUUCAAUGAAGACGAGGACGACGACGAGGCAGAGGCGGUGGACAAGAGCCGCGUGGAAGAUGAUUACUCUGACGGCUACGGCAAGUACAUGGAGGCCAAAAAAGCAGGCGCAACUAACGGCGCUAACAAUGGCAAAGUCACGGCGCUACCCCCCACCUCGCCCCCCGCCACGCCCAACAACAGCUCGGCGGCCUCGGUCAAGACGGUCGCACUUCCCGCCUCGCCGGUGGUCAAGGCCCCUCUGGUGGGAUUGGUGGACUACCCCGACGACGAGGACGAAGAUGAGGAAGACGAAGAAGAGGAGCAAUCCCCCAGGAAGCGCCCCCGUCUCAGCUCUUAACAGCCUGAAAGUCUGGCACCGUCUCCCUUUCUUCAGAAUUGUUUGGACCACCUCCUUCUCCAGACCCUCGCUAACCUUUAACCCUCUCCUGGUCCUCUUCCUCAUCACGCCAUCGUGCCAAGGCCCUUCCCCGUAUCGGAUUGUUGUUAUAGCAACAGAAGGCCGAAGGGUAGCGCCUCAGUGGUUGAUUAAAUGGAGGCCGUCGGCGAAAGAACUGUGCCACAGGCCAGUCAGGCUAGCAGGACUAGCCCCCACUCCUGAACCCCCUCCUCACAACACCCCCCCCCCCCCCCCCUUGUAGGAGUUAGGACGCUUGACUGGCCGCUCGCGGAAAAAGGACUGGAAGCUAACACUGCUAAGUCCACAUUUAAUGUGCAAGAGGAUUACAGUAAUUUAAAAGCAACUGUUGAUUCCUUUGACCACUUUGUAGCUCGAAAUGAAUUUCAAUCUCAUUAGAUACAUUUUUUGUACAAACGUCAA